AUGCCGGCCUACAACUCCAUGUUCAAUGCCGACCCCAACGUCCCCCGUUUAAUAGGCAACUUCCCUCUGUUGCCUCUACGCACAAAGACCCGUGGUCCCGCCUACACACUCCCCUUCCCUAACCCGCCGCUGCCUGCCAACGAGUCCCCCGACCCGGACAGCGAGAGCUAUGACAUCCUCGACGAGGUCCUCGCCCUCUUCCGCGCAAACACCUUCUUCCGCAACUUCGAGAUCCAGGGCCCCGCCGAUCGCCUGCUAGUCUACGGCAUCUGGUUCGUCAGCGACUGCUUGACCAAGAUCAAGCCCAAUGCCAGCGUGCGCGAUGCCACCAAGGACGUCACCAACGUCGCUCUCGACACCAACUUCGCCAUCCCGGGUGACCCGGCUUGGCCUCUGAACCAGAUGUAUGAGCCUCCCCGCGAUAGACAAGACGCCGAGCAGCUCCGACAGUACAUGUCGCAGGUCCGCCAGGAGUUGGCGGCGCGGUUAUUGGCGAGAGUCUACGACGAGAGCGGCGAUGGAAAGCCCAGCAAGUGGUGGUUGAGCUUCACCAAGAGAAAGUUCAUGGGCAAGGCGUUGUGA